UGGCCUUCAAAGGUCAAAGUAGAUCCGGAACGAGCCGUUGUCGAUUUGUGCAUCCUCGCAACGCCAAUAACUCGCGUCCUUGAGCACCGCGUUUCACGGUGAGCGUCACCCAACUUCAACACCUGUGACACCUCCCAUAUCUCUGCCAUUGUUGCAACUUCGCACUUCGGGGCUCGGGAAAGGCGACACAACAGGCGACCAAUCGAUUUGCGCGGCUGACGGCCAGCACUGCUGAGUUCUCCUACGACACUUCAUCGAAGGGCCUACGAGCCUCCUCUCGGCAACGACUCAAACACAGUUGUGGGUAGAAUGAACUCUGAACAGGGAAGCAGCGGUGCUUCUCUGCCAAAUAGGGCUCUACAGCAGCAGCAAAUGCAACAGCAACAGCAAGAUCCGAUGACUUUAUCAGUCAUUUCUCAUUUCGAGCUUCCCGCGAGAGCAUCGCCUUCGACUGCUGCAUUCGAGGGGCAAAGCCAGCCUAGCCAUUCUUCAUCUUUACAUCCUUCUGAUGCAGCGGCAAGUAGUCUUACCCCGGGAGACUUGCUCGGCAGCUCUUCUCAUUCAGCCUUAUCAACACAAGCGUCACACUCAAUACCUGCAUGGGUGGACAAGUCACUGCCUGCAGCUUCGGGAAAAGCUACCGCACAAGCAGCUAUCCCCAGUGGUCCUGAAUUUGACGAGGAGAAGCGCGGCGACCGCGUACGACGACGACGCGCGGCCUCUGCCUCCUCCGGGUUUUCAGACGAGUCAUCAACACUGGAAUAUCCGGAACGAUCCGCGUCGGAACCCUCGGCACAAGCAGUGGUAACGCCAGCUCCGUCAGGCUCGCUGACCCGAUCUAUAUUCACACCGGGAAUAUCGCCGUGGCGGCGGGCCUCGCUGUUGCUCGCCUCGCUCGCCAUCAACCUCGGUCUGCCCUUCAUCAACGGCGUGAUGGUCGGCUUUGGGGAGAUCUUCGCGCGCUCCGUGCUGGCGCCCAAGCUUGGCCUGCUGAUUCGCGAGCCAGGAGUAGGAGGCGUAGGCAUCGGUGCUAGACAGCCGUCGAAUGCGCAAGCGCUUGGUGCUGCGCGCGCCAGCAGGAGCCGCAAGGUUGGGCUAGAGGGCCAUAGGAGUCAGGUGGAGAGCGCGGAAGAAUUGGCAAAGCGCACAUCUCAGGCCAAGCACGCCAUGUCAUGAAAUGGAGUUUAUGGGCAGCAGCCAGCACACAUCUGCGCAGCAGGCACGUUGGCGCCCUGGAUCAUGGAUCACGCAUACGCGACGGAUCGCCG